AUGGUAUCAACAGCCAGGUGUAAGCGUCUGUAUAUUGUUUGUAGUGUUUCUGCCAUCGUCAUAUGCACCUUCGUCACAUUCUCCUUUCAACCGUACUUUGAUUUUUCUAUCAUCAAACACGAUCCGACGAUAUACUAUUCGACUAUAUCCGGUGCUUAUUGUUUUGCCCGAGAAGCUCCUCCUGGAUAUGUAGAAAAUCCAAACGUCGACGAUGCAUUCAACAGUCAACAUUGUUCAUUGGAGAAUAUUCAUGCCUGCCAACAGAUUCACAAUCAAACAUUACUAUUCCGUCUACAUUGGAGCGCUGGUUUUGCCUCCGAACUAAACAAUCUUCUUCGUGUAUUCAUUUAUACCAUCAAAACUCGUCGUCGACUGCUGAUCGAUGGUAACUCGUGGAAUUAUCAAACCUUUUCAACUUAUUUCAACAUAUCUCAAGGAUAUUUCUCACCUUGGUUGCCGUCAUCUUCAUACUGUUGGCAACGGCAAUUCGUUCAUCUUCUUUCCUAUCAACCAGCAAGUCAUACAGAAUCUCUUCCGGAACAUUUUGUCAUUACUCGCGAUACAAGUAUCGGAUUUCAAGCAUUAUAUCCAAUUAUGGAGUCUUGGGAGAAAGGCGAAGAUAUAUUGGAAAUGAAAAGAAAAGUUGCUGCUUAUUUGUGGAGAACUUUAAACGCGGAAACAAGAGACAUUGUGGAAAGUUAUCUAAACGAUAUUCACAGUGAUGAUAUACAUUAUGCAAUGCAUAUUCGACGCGGCGACAAAGUUACAGAAACAAAUUCUAUCAAAACAAGAAAAUACAUUGAUGCGAUGGAAGAACUCAUCAAGAAAGAUACAGAAAAACAGUGGAAAAAUCGAGUAUUUGUUGCGAGUGACGAUGCAAAUACUAUUCAUGAACUCCGACAAUUGAAGCCCGAGUGGAACUUUGUACGAUUUGUUCCCAAAACAGUUCACCUGCACGGUCAUGAGCAAGGAUCUUUCGAUAAAUUACCACAACAUGUACAGAUCGAAUUGACACAUAUUCUCCUCAGUGAAUUAGAGAUUUUAUCACGUGUGAAAUAUGUCGUAUGUACAUUUUCAUCGAAUGUGUGUCGACUAACACAAGUUUUACGGAAACAACAUCCAAGCACAGUCUUAUCAUUGGAUACCAAUUGGGACCCAUUGUAA